AUGUUAGCAAUCAUUGGGAGCGACAUCGAUCUGCGACAUUCGUUAAUUUCAUCGUUAUUGUCAGUAACAGCAGUUGCCUCAGCUUACUUACUACAUGCAAAACAACUGGAGCUGUUAUCUCUAGUACUUAUUUUAUCUAUUUUAUCAUCGAUUGUAAUAUGUGGUUGGCAAGCACGUUGGAAUGCAGCCCAGGCAUCUCUUCUUGGCGGUAUUUUUACGCUGUCUGUAAUUUGUACUUUUUCUACAAGUAAUUUCUAUUUAUCAAUAUUCGCUUGGUAUUUUGCAUGCGUAGCAGCAUUUCACUAUGGUGAAUUUCUGAUGACAGCAUUAACCAAUCGAUCAGAUCUAAAUUCUUCUUCUUAUUUAUUAGAUCAUUCAUUAGCAUAUUGGAUUGCUGCUGUCAGUAGCUGGAUAGAAUAUGCUGUAGAGGUACGUUUCUUACCGCUCUUGAAAAGCAUCACUGUAAGUUAUUUUGGAUUACUGUUGAUUAUUUGUGGAGAAAUUUUACGCAAAUUUGCAAUGAUUCAUGCAAAUGGAGGCUUCACACACAUGGUCGCCAUCAAAAAAUUACCUAAACACAAAUUAAUUACCAGUGGUGUAUAUGGUUUAGUGCGACAUCCAGGAUAUCUUGGUUGGCUGAUUUGGUGUCUAGGUACCCAAGUUAUGCUCUGUAAUCCUCUCUGUUUUAUGCUUUAUUUGGUGAUUAGUUGGAAUUUCUUGGAUAGAAGAAUUUAUUGGGAAGAAUGUUAUCUAACCAGUUUCUUUGGCAUAGAAUAUAUACAAUACCAACAGAAAGUUCCACUUGGUAUACCUUUUAUAAAGGGAUACAGCUCGUAA